GUGGUGGAUUGAUUUGUGCAGGCAUGCAUUACCAUGAUUUAAGCUCACGAAAGCUAAAAAGAUGCUGGUUGGUAUUUCAGUCUAUAGAGGCGCAUUUACCAUUUGGAUUCACGGUGCAGCAAUGGCGGGUCGAUCUCUAGUAGUCCUGACUGGAGUUUUCUUCCAAAUUUGCAGCGUGUUUGCCGGUAAGAUCCUCAUGUCUGCCGGCGUUGAUCAGACUCACUACAUCUUCAGCGCCAAGAUUGGACGGGAGCUGGUCCGUCGCGGACACCAAGUCACUUUCCUCCUCAGUUCUUCAUACAUACAUCGCCUCAACGGCAGCGAUGCCGACUGGUUCGAGUUCCAGGUCUACAACUCGCCGUACACUCCUCAAGACGUGGUGAAGAUGAGGGAUGCGUUCGCUCUGGAGUCGCUCAACAGCACUUAUCAGAGCCAGGAAGGGUAUGCGAAGUUGCUGAUCGGGAAAUUGCUGGGAUGGAAGUCAGAAGAGGACAAACAGGAGGAGCUGAAACCCACCAAACCCAUGUCCAAGUAUCUUUCCUUCGAGUGCAAUGUUCUCCUUAGCGAUGAGGAAUUGAUGGAGCGGCUGAAGGGCUCUCAGUUUGACCUCAUGACCCUUGACUUCAUCAACCCUUGCAUGGCUCUGGUAGCUCAGAAGUUAUCCCUACGAUUCGUCAUCAUCACAGCCGCAUCGUUGACUCCAGGCCUGCACGACCGCUGGUACGACAUCCCGACCAACCCCGCCUAUGUGCCGCUCUGCAUGAGCGGAUACUCGGACUCCAUGACGUUCUGGCAGCGGUUCCGGAACGCAGUGACGUGGCUUGCGAUGUCUGUCUUCAUGGAUCGGCCCAUGUUGGGGCCGUACGAUGCGCUGAAGAUACGGCACAACAUCCGUACGGACCUCAACAUGAGGGAUACCAUACGCAGUGCGGAGUUGUGGCUGGCUAAUACGCACUUCGCAAUGGAAUAUUCCAGGGCGAUCACACCAAAUGCGAUCAUGCUGGGUGGGUUAUCGGCCGAGGAACCCCAACCACUCAGCAAGGAGCUGGAGGAAUUCUUCGAAGGAUCUGGAAAACAUGGCGUCGUCGUCUUCUCGUUGGGUUCCGUGGUUGACGUCAUGAGUGAAGAAAUGGCGGACACGAUAGCUGGUGCACUGUCGAGGCUACCGCAGCGUGUGCUAUGGAGGUACCCCGGGAAACCACCGAAGAGUCUGGGAGGGAACACCAAGUUGGUGUCGUGGCUAUCUCAGAAUGAUGUUCUCGGUCACCCUAAGACAAGGCUGUUGAUUUACCAUGGGGGCAUCAACGGCAUGCUAGAGGCCAUGUAUCACGGGGUACCUGUUGUGACCAUACCACUGUUUGGUGAACACUUCGAAUGUGCCGCUCGCCUCCAGACGCGGGGCAUGGCAGAGACCGUCAACUUGCCGGAGUUAUCAGAAGACAAGCUACACCAAACAGCCGUCCGCGUUCUCAACAACGAGAGUUACGCAGCAAACGCCAAAAGAAUAUCGGGCAUCAUGAAACACAACGUGGCACCCCCGGUGGAGGUAGCCGGCCAUUGGGUAGAACACGCCAUGCUACACGGGGGUGCCUACCUCCGAUCUACAGCGGGUACACUGACUACCGUGCAGUAUUAUAUGUUGGACGUCAUCUACGUUGGUGUUGGCAUAACGAUUUUCACGUUUGCUGCUACAGUGUGGGCUUACUGGAUGCUGUGCUGUAAAGCCCAGGAAUCUGGCGACAAAGUCAAAACUUCUUAACAUUUUGGUUUUGGUGUAAAUUAAAAGUAAUGUUUAGCAUACGUAGACGGUUUAAAUUAGGGGAAUAUUAGGGAAAUGGCACGUAUACGCAUCUUAGUUGUAGUUCACAGUCAAUUCAAUGUCAGUUGUUUUAUCCUGUUCAUGCUUAGAACUUAAAUGGUUAAAAAAUCACGCAAGAGAGUGAAAUCUGUAUUACUUUAUCUGGUUACUUUUUGAGUUUCGUUAAUUAUAAGUAAAUGGCAUUUUGACGAAAUUGUCCGAUCUUUGAUAGUUUGGGUGGCCAUCCUCCUUCUGACUGACCGUUUUUAAUAAUUAUCCUAAAUUUUCUCAAAUUCCCUGAAUAAUGUCAUUACUCAAUAUUGCAAAUCUCGAUUAAUUAUUUCAGUGCUCUCAAUGCGUUUACUGCAUCGCCUUGCUCUGGCAUCAACCUCCCCCUUGAAGAAAAAUCCUGAACUUGUUUUUAAAUCCUUGAUCCGACACUUGAUUGGUACAUUUAUCCAAGUAUGCAUGCCUCCCAUUCCUAUUUCCAUGACAUCGCAUUUAACUCAAACUACAGGUGUUUAAGGAUGUUCUCUUGCACCCAGUCGACGAACGCCGUGACGCGCGUGUAGACCCCGGGCGCGUUGGCGUCAGCGCACCCAUCACCCCAGCUGGUGAUGCCCGCUAGAUACCAUCGGUCGUCACCCCCUGGGCAAUUCAGUGGUCCUCCGCUGUCUCCCUGUUAAUAAAAGAUUAAAGGUUCCUUUUGAACUUGUCUUGAAUCGUGUUGUGUAUCUGAGAAGAAACUCAAUUAUUUUGGACGAACACAUUUACAGGGAAAGUUUAAUUUCGAUCUACAUGUACUACCUUUAGACAAGCUAUAAAUAUAGGAUACAAUACGUUAACAUGGCGUUUCAAACUAAUAUUUAGAAAUGGCCGCAGUCUGUUUCCGUGGUAACUAAAUGUCACCAUGAACAACACCCUGGUGGAACCCUUGCACAUUACUUUAACCCUAACAGUCUGAAUCCUCCAAUUUUAAUAGGAUUUUCCACGACCCCAAGGCGCUAGACCUCUUUAACUGUGAAAAACUGUGUAUUAGAGUUUAAACACAUUUCUAAACACUUUUGUACCCAAUUUUUCCACGUUUGAAUUUAUGACGUGUACGUGUUUAGUUUUCUGGAUGUCUGUGACAUGCUUAGGUGCAAGACAAAAGCCUGAUAGUACCAUCCAGCAUAAAUAGCAAAAGUAAAUAAAAAAUGCUUUAAAGGAUUGAAGUCGAAGGACAGGCUAAAUACCUACUUUUAUCACUCUUUUUUAUCACCUGUUUCAGAAAAAAAACGAACUUUAAAUAUUUUUAAAGUUUGUACUGAUGACACUGAUUGGCUUUCACUUACUGUGCAAAAAAAUUGGAAAUAUGUCUUUGACUAAGCACGUGAUACAAUUUGUUACAAAACACUGUUGAAAGAACACAAAGUUUACAUGGUAUAUGCUAUAAAAACGUCACCUAACCACGAGAAAA